AUGGAAAGACCUCAAGUCUGUAAGGACUUGUUUGAGGUCAUACACGAGCGAGAUAACCUGGACCGACCACUAACAGAGAAUGAAGUGCGGCGGUACUUUGCCCAGAUCCUGCAGGCCAACAUCAGCUGCGAGGAGAAUGGUGUUCUACACCGCGACAUUAAGCCAGAGAAUAUCAUCGUGGACAUGAGUACUGAUGAGGCAAAGUUGAUUGAUUUCGGUCUGGCAUCUGAGGUUCAAGCUGAACCUUUCACGCAUUUCAGAGGCACACCACACUACAUGCCUCCUGAGUACAGCCAAUCAAAGAAAUAUGACGGCUGUCAGGGCACGGUCUGGCAAAUGGGAAUCCUGUUGGUGGACAUGUUAUCACCUCAAGUACCCGCAUUUAGACAUUCACAUCUGGCCCUCAGUAUGCCACCUAGAGUACCCCUAAAUAUUUCAGCAGACGCAAAGAAUCUUAUUUACUCGCUACUGAACACAACUCCAAACAAUCGCCCAACUCUUAAGCAAACUCUACGGCAUCCAUGGUUUGCAAGAACAGACUAG